AUGCUUGGCACAAACGUUCCCUCCUCAUUCAUGGAUAUUUUUAAUGAAGUGGGAUUUCACCAGUUAAUAAAGGAACCGACUCGAAUAACACCCACCUCAAGUACUUUAAUUGACUUAAUGUUUACGUUAUGUCCUGAAAAGAUUAGCAACAUACACCAUCUGUGCCCUCUUGGAACGGCGGACCAUGAUGUUAUCGCGUUUGAUUAUGCUGUUGGGUGCGAAGUAAUAAAAACCUCUAAUAUGGUAAUUCGUUACAGAGACAAAAAGAGUAUCGAUCAUGUGGCGUUUAGCCAUGUAGCCUCUAUGUUAAAUUGGCAGGAUGUUAACUUUUUCGAUAAUGUCGAUGACAAAUUAAAUUUCCUAUACUCCCUAAUUAAUAAUUUACUUAAUAUUUUUGCACCAAUAAAAACGAUGAUUACGAAGAAAAAGUAUAGUCCAUGGUUAACUAAGAAAAUACGUAAGCAGAUUCGAAGAAAGAAUAAUGCUUGGUGUCGAUUCCGUUCUACCAGGUCUCAAGCUGAUUGGGUAUUUUAUAAAAACUUGCUCAAAGAUACAAAACGUAUGAUUAAUACUGAAAAAAGGAUUCAAAUGAAUCAUUUUGUGAAUCAUAAUGCAUCUAACCCUCGUACUCUGUGGUCUGGACUGCGUAACAUGCAGAUUAUAGACAGAAAAAUUUCACAUUCAACGACACAUGCAUUGUCAGAUCCGAAUACCGUUAAUAAAUACUUUAACCAAAGUGUACAUCACGGAAACGCAUUUACACCAUCAAACCUUAAUGUUGCCGAAAAUCGCAUUGCUAUAAGUAUGAAAAAUUUUGAUCUUAGUUCUGUCACUAGUUGGCAGGUUUUGGAUGCAGUUCAGUCAUUGAGUAAGUCAUCAAAAGGCAACGACAACAUAUCGAUGGACGAAAUUAAACUAUGUAUUCCGUUUUGCAUAAAUGCUCUCACUGAUGUGAUUAACUUCUCGUUGUAUAGCGGUACCGUGCCCUCAGCGUGGAAAACUUCAAUUAUCAGCCCGAUCCCCAAGGUGACACACGCUGUAAGCAUUGAACAGUACAGGCCUAUUAGCAUACUUCCGGCCAUGUCGAAGAUUCUAGAAAGAAUAGUCCAUAAGCAAGUCGAUGCGCACCUAGAAGAGGGAAAUCUGUAUUACGAGAAACAAUCUGGUUUCAGAAAAGAUCAUAGUACAACUACGGCGCUGCUUCAUACCAUAAAUUUCUCUAAAGCCUUCGACACUGUUAAUCACUCUACUUUAAUUACGAAACUAACAUCUCUAGGAUUCUCCAGGCGGGCUUCAAACUGGUUUAAAGACUACCUUUGUGAUAGAAACCAACGAACGAAAAUAGUGACUGACGGGUAG